AUGCACCGAGUACGCAAGACCAAGAACCUCGUCUUCUUCCAGUACCCGGUGUUGCGAGCUCUCUUCAGUUUUGAUUUUGGGACGGGACGCCUCUCGCUACUGCAUUUCCAACCGCGCGAUUACGACGAGAUUUCGGCCUGGGGCGAGGCCAACGGGAGCAUCAUGCAAGACUACUCAUUGACCGCCACCCUCCUCACCGCAGUCGCGCCAUGUAUUGUCGACCUUUCGUUGUCGCUUUUCUACAACAAGGAUGACGUUGUCCAGUGGAUCAACUCGGUGUUUGAGCAACUACACUCGGACAUCUCCGACGAUUUGUACGGAGACGAUGCCACGGCAUUACAUCUACGGACGCGGUAUCUUUUCGACGCCGAUUCGCGCGAGCUCCAUAGCCGGCUCUCGGCCGAAUACCGACGACAAUUGGCGACCGUGAUGGCGUCAUUCCUAUCGCUCGGCGGGCAAGCCACGGGAACUGGGGCAGUCGCGCCGAAACCUGGUACACCCGGAGCAAAAAACAAGGGCGGUAACGCUCCAGUGUCAACGGCGGGUCUGGCGCCCAAAAAGGACGGCGUCCCUUUGUGCCUCAAAUACGUCUCGAACCAGCACUGCACAGGGAAGAACACGUGCAAGAAACCGCGUUAUGGUAUCACGCGCGCGCAUUUCUCGCCAACGGAGGCCUUGAAGCCGGACCUCAUCGCGUACAUCAAGAAGUCGCUCGGUGGUUUCAGCCUUAAGUUUGAGCAUCUGGAGACGUCGACCUGA